UGUUGCGCACAGGAGGUAGUAGGCUGCACGAUGCAUUUCACAUUCGUUGAAGUUGAGAAGGGUUCAGCACUGCGUCGGAUCUUGACUUGUCAAUAUUUGGAGUCAAUUUUACUGCCAGAGAAAAGCUGCAAGCUACAGGAGGUGAAUCAGGGAUAAGACAACAUGAGUGACCGUUUUGACUGUGGCGAGUGCAAGGAGUCCCUGUACGGACGCAAAUACAUCCAAGUGGAGGACGUUCCCCACUGCAUCCCUUGCUAUGACCGCCUGUAUGCCAACACAUGUCAGGAGUGCAAGGAGCUCAUCGCACACAAUGCACGGGAGCUGUUCUAUGAGGACAGACAUUACCAUGAACACUGUUUCCGUUGUUUCCGCUGCGAUCGCUCCCUGGCAGACGAGCCCUUCACCAGCCAGGAGGAGGCGCUGCUGUGCAACGACUGCUACUGCAAUGAGUUCUCCUCCAAGUGUGUGGCCUGCGACAAGACCGUUAUGCCAGGCUCAAAGAAGUUGGAGUAUGAGGGCUCUGCAUGGCACGAGAACUGCUUUGUGUGCCAUGGCUGUGAGAAGCCCAUCGGUGCCCAGUCCUUCAUCCCAGACAAAGACCACUACUACUGUGUACCAUGCUACGAGGGCAGGUUUGCCCCGCGAUGCAGCCACUGCAAAAAGGCACUGGCAACAGGGGGUGUGAGCUACAAGGAUGAGACAUGGCACAAAGAGUGUUUCGUGUGCACAGGAUGCAAGAUCCCACUGGCCGGCCAGCCCUUCACCUCCCAGGGAGACACGCCCUACUGUGUCAAGUGCUUCAGCAGCAUCUACGCACAGAAGUGUGCCUCCUGUAACUCGCCCAUCACAGGGUUUGGCGAGGGGAAGUAUAUUUCUUUCCAGGAUCGUCAAUGGCACCAGCCCUGCUUCAAGUGCUCCCGCUGCUCCGUCUCUCUGGUUGGGGCUGGCUUCUUCCCCGACCGUGACCAGAUCCUGUGUGGAGACUGCAACAACGACCAAGAAGACCAAUGAGAAUCACUGUCUUCGUCCUUCAACUGCACCUGACCAAUCACAAAUGUACAGUAAUAGCUAACAAGUUUGUAACACAGUGGUGUCCACUUCCAGAUUUGUUAACAUCUACAGUACAGUACAGAGAGCAUCUAAACCUCAACAUAUUAAAGCAAACACUACAUUUUAUACUACAUCACCUUAAAUAUAUUUAUAUUUUUAAAAUUAAAUCAGCAUUGCAUGUAUUCUGUUAAACUGCCUUUACAACAUAAAUCACAUUGAAAUGUAUGUUGAAAUGUAUGUUUUAAGUCAGCAAACAAGUAUGAUGUAACUAAAGCUUUUCCUCUUGUAAUUUGUAAUAUAUUUUUGCACACAAAUACAUUUAAAAACAAUUUUUCUAAGGUAUCGUACAUAUUAAUGCACCUGACCUGGGCUCUGCUGAAAUAUGGUGUUAGUGAUGCACAUAUAGUAUGAACUAAGUGCCUUAACAGCUGUAUUUUAUUGCAGCAAUAUAAAAAAUGAUCCAAAUGUUGUCAGAGCUCAGCUUGUCAAUAAUAUUUAACAUUUUUGUAUUCUUUUUAUAUAAACCAAGAUUGCCUUUCUUGCCCUGUUUUUUUUAUGCUGUAUUGUAACUAUUGUGUAGUGUUACUACUCUAAAGAAAUAAAGCGUAAUUUAUUUACUGUAAUAAUG